AGUCACCACUGCGCAGCUCUGCUCCAGCAGUGCAUCGGACCCGGUCGGAGCCGACUUGCUCUCUUGUACCCCAGCCCUUCGCGGCCAAGAUGCCUGAGGAGAUGCACCAUGGGGAGGAGGAGGUGGAGACUUUCGCCUUUCAGGCAGAAAUUGCCCAGCUUAUGUCUCUGAUCAUUAAUACCGUUUACUCCAACAAAGAAAUUUUCCUUAGGGAGUUGAUCUCUAAUGCAUCUGAUGCCUUGGACAAGAUCCGGUAUGAGAGCCUGACAGACCCUUCCAAGUUGGACAGUGGCAAAGAGCUGAAGAUUGACAUCAUCCCCAACCCUCAGGAGCGAACGCUGACUUUGGUGGACACAGGCAUUGGCAUGACCAAGGCUGACCUCAUAAACAACUUGGGAACCAUUGCCAAAUCGGGCACGAAAGCGUUCAUGGAGGCUCUUCAGGCUGGUGCAGACAUCUCCAUGAUUGGGCAGUUUGGUGUUGGAUUUUAUUCUGCCUAUUUGGUGGCAGAGAAAGUUGUUGUGAUCACCAAGCACAAUGAUGACGAGCAGUAUGCCUGGGAGUCUUCUGCGGGGGCGGGGGGGUCAUUCACUGUCCGUGCUGACCAUGGGGAGCCCAUUGGCCGAGGCACCAAGGUGAUCCUUCAUCUCAAAGAAGACCAGACAGAGUACUUGGAGAAGAGGAGGGUCAAAGGGGUGGUGAAGAAGCACUCCCAAUUCAUUGGCUACCCCAUCACCCUUUAUCUGGAGGAAGAACGAGAGAAAGAAAUCAGUGAUGAUGAGGCAGAGGAAGAAAAAGGUGAAAAAGAAGAGGAAGAUAAGGAUAAUGAAGAGAAGCCCAAGAUUGAAGAUGUGGGCUCAGAUGAAGAGGAUGAUACUGGAAAGGAUAAGAAAAAGAAAACCAAGAAGAUUAAGGAGAAAUACAUUGAUUAUGAGGAACUGAACAAGACCAAGCCCAUUUGGACCAGAAACCCUGAUGACAUCACUCAGGAGGAAUAUGGAGAGUUCUACAAAAGCCUCACCAAUGGCUGGGAAGACCACCUGGCAGUCAAGCACUUCUCUGUGGAAGGUCAGCUGGAAUUCAGGGCAUUGCUCUUCAUUCCUCGGCGGGCUCCUUUUGACCUAUUUGAGAACAAGAAGAAGAAGAACAACAUCAAGCUGUAUGUCCGUCGUGUGUUCAUCAUGGACAGUUGUGAUGAGUUGAUCCCCGAGUACCUAAAUUUUAUCCGUGGUGUGGUUGACUCAGAGGACCUGCCCCUAAACAUCUCCAGAGAAAUGCUCCAGCAGAGCAAGAUCUUGAAAGUCAUCCGCAAAAACAUUGUUAAGAAAUGCCUUGAG